CCUUCGCUUCCAGUCGGAGUCUUCUUUUAGAAGGACUGCAAUACCUUACGCUUCGGCGUGAGUUGGUUGUAGUGGGGUAUUUUAGCUGUGACUUGUGUUAAUUUAAACUUUUAUCUGGAAACCGGAUGUUCCGUGUUUGACAGUUUCGCAAAUAGUGACACGACAAAAGCUGAACAUGUUGCAGUGAGAACCCGGAGCAGCGGAGCGCGCGAACCGCUACAUGCUACGUGUACAGUAGCGGUUAGCAGCUGUAAGCUAAUGGUUAACGCGUCUAGAAGAGAGCGGAGACAAGGAUGGAUUUGAACGUUGUCUUUCACUGAGUACAUGUUUACAAGCUAUAAACCUAAACCGCCGGGCAGUUUCCAGGUGUUGGAGGUGGUUAACAUGGAGGACAGUUUGUAUGAAAGGAUGGAGGCGUGAAGAACGGACGACAACAGUUCUAUUCGUCCGAGCGACGCCUGCCAGGUUUCAUAAUCGUAAGAGAAGUGAAAAUGAUGUAUUCAUCGAGGAGGAAGCCGGUGCUGUACUUCAAGGAGGAGAGACGAAACUCGAGCUCUAAACUUCCUCAUCAGGAACAGACGUUCCUGUCAGGUAAUUGUACCAUUUACAAGCUGUUCGGCCUCUGCAUGGUGCUGGUGCUGGUGUCUCUGCUGUGGCUGCAGCUCAGCUGUUCAGGUGACAUGUCCCUGCCAGCGGACAGACAUCCUGCGGGGCAGCAGCCGCCCUGCACGGCUGACUGUCAGGUGUCUGCAGCAGACGACGCCUCCUGGGGUCCUCACAAACUGGCGCUCGUGGUCCCCUUCAGGGAGCGCUUUGAGGAGCUGCUGGUGUUUGUUCCCUUCAUGCACACCUUCCUGAGGAAGAAGAAGAUCCGCCACAAGAUCCUUAUCGUCAACCAGGUGGAUCACUACAGAUUCAACCGAGCAUCCUUGAUCAACGUGGGCUGCCUGGAGAGUGGCAACGACACUGACUACCUGGCAAUGCAUGAUGUGGACCUGCUGCCCCUCAAUGAUGCCCUGGACUAUGGCUUUCCUGCAGAUGGACCUUUUCAUGUGGCUUCGCCUGAGCUGCACCCGCUUUACCACUACAAAACCUACGUCGGAGGAAUCCUGCUGCUCACUAAGAAACAUUACUACAUGUGUAAUGGGAUGUCAAACCGGUUCUGGGGUUGGGGCAGAGAGGACGACGAGUUCUAUCGGAGGCUGAGAAAAGCUGGUCUGCAGCUGUUCAGACCAAGUGGAAUCACUACAGGAUAUAAAACCUUCCACCACAUCCAUGACGCAGCCUGGCGGAAGAGAGACCAGAAGAGGGUGGCGUCUCAGAAACAGGAGCAGUUCAAGGUGGAUCCAGAGGGGGGGCUCACGAACCUUCAUUACCAGGUGGAGUCCAGACAGGAGCUGACCAUCAGCGGCGCUCCCUGCACCGUCAUCAACACCAAGCUGGAGUGUGACCAAAACCAGACGCCCUGGUGUGUUCUGACAUAGAGCAGCGCUAUCAGCUUCUGCGUGUCCUCUGGGACGGAGGCAGCGCUGGUUCUGGGCCUGGUUCUAGUUCAGAGUGGGAUGAAAGCUCAGUUUUAUUUUGUGACCGAUUUACACGUUCAGUGAAACUAAGUCUGGUACAAUGUGUUGGACCUUGAACUUUUUCAGGUACAGUAAACCUGAUUAACUCAAACCUCAGCGAGCAGUUAUGAGUUUCCUGCUGAGUCCAACCAAAGCAGUUCUGAACUGAAGUCCAAACCAGGUUCUGUGGUACCUGCCGGCGCUGUGUAAACUCUGGGCUUGUGCAAAUGGCGCGGAGAUGUUAAUGUGAGAUGUGCAUCACAGUGUAACAUCCAGGGUCUGUUCUGUUCUUUGAUUCAUGUUGAAGGAAGUGUUCCUCCAAAAAGAGGCUUAGUGAUUGGAAAAGAAAAACCUGUUUGAUGGAAAGUGUUAAAAUCUGUUUUCCCCUUUUGUUUUCAACUUUGAAUUUGCCAAAGAUAAACAGUUAUUUGUGUAUUAUUAUGUCCAUUGCCCAUUUUCUUUUAUGAAACACUCAGUUAUGUGAAACCUCUUGAGUUUCUUUUUGGACUGAGAUGUUUUUACAUAAACCUAAAUUAUUGAAAUAAAUCUUUUCAGUCUCCAGCGUUAAUGAAGGUGUGUCUCCAUGUUACCUUUGCUCUGCAGACCUCUUGGCUGAAGGAGCUUUAGUCGCGUAUCCUCAGGUAGAGAUGGCGAAAUCGAAGCCUCAUGAAUCACUGAGCAACAAUGACACAGUUGGGCUGAAAUCGACACAUUGCUCGACACCAUCACGACACAGUCAGAACAGCGACAUCUGCUGGUUGUGCGUGAGAACUGAUUGAGCAGACUGACCAUCAAACCCUCUCUGAUACGUGUUUGUUCAGGAUCACAGUCCAUGUUUUAUUGUCAAAUAAAACUUAUUUAAUCAAA